AUGUAUAUUGUAUCUUUUUCAACCUGUCCUAUGCUGUGCCAACAAGGUGGCCGUUUUCUCACACCACUUGUCUUCUUCGGGAAUCGCCUUCAAAGCCAGAGCCCUCCUCCCCCUUUUUUCCCCCUAAGUUCUCAGAGCUGGCAGAUCUUCAUCCUCCCAGGAAGAAUUUUAUUUCUGGAAAGCACCCAACAUCAUCUGGAUCCAAGUGUGGUGAAUCAGGUGGGGCCGCAAGCUCAGGAAUACCAUUUAUGGUCAAAUAUAAGGUAUGAUGCUAAGACACCAGGAAGAUUUUUUGGGGUGGCUCAUAACCUGGCCCUGAAAUGA